AUAUGUGAGCUGCAUCUCAAGAUCCCGUUCCGGAACUCUCGCGACCUUUUCCACGCCUCCAAGAUGGCGCAGCAAGACCAGGGUGAGAAGGAGAACCCCAUGCGGGAGCUGCGCAUCCGCAAGCUCUGCCUGAACAUCUGCGUCGGGGAGAGUGGAGACAGGCUCACCCGGGCGGCCAAAGUGCUGGAGCAGCUCACAGGACAGACGCCUGUUUUCUCAAAAGCUCGAUACACUGUCCGCUCCUUUGGGAUCAGGAGAAAUGAAAAGAUUGCCGUUCACUGCACUGUGCGUGGGGCAAAAGCUGAGGAGAUCUUGGACAAAGGCUUGAAGGUGCGAGAAUACGAGCUGAGGAAGAAUAACUUCUCUGACACAGGCAACUUUGGCUUUGGAAUCCAGGAACACAUUGAUUUGGGCAUAAAAUACGAUCCCAGUAUUGGUAUCUACGGCUUGGACUUCUAUGUGGUUCUGGGCAGGCCUGGUUUCAGCAUUGCUGACAAGAAGCGCCGAACCGGCAGCAUUGGGGCCAAGCACAGAAUCAGCAAGGAAGAAGCCAUGCGCUGGUUCCAGCAGAAGUAUGAUGGCAUCAUCCUUCCUGGUAAAUAAAUGGUUUCCACUAUAAAAAAAAACUAAUAAAUUUUUUCCACUAUUUCA